AUGGCCUUUGCGCUCCGAUUCAUCGACAAUGCUCGUCUCAAAAGUAAGGGUUUAACACUGCAGUUAGGAGUUCUUCAGCAGGAGGAACUCAAGCGUGCCGAGGAAACGCUCUGGAAGGUGGCACAAGCGGAAGCCUUCCCUGAAGAAAUUUCGAUUCUUUCAACAACGCAAGGGUCUCCAACAGCUCGUCAUGGACGCGUGUCGAAAUCAAGUCUAAUUUACAAAAAAUGGCCCUACCUCGAUCAGCGAGGAGUACUGCGGAUGCGGGGUCGGAUCGGAGCGGCAACCUUCGCACCAAUGGAAGCUAAGUAUCCCGCCAUCCUCCCUAGACAACACCCAAUCACAUUUCUAGUUACUGACUGGUAUCAUCGCCGCUAUCGCCAUGCCAAUCGUGAGAUCGUUACCAACGAAAUGCGCCAACGAUUUGAGGUCUCCAAACUGCGUUCGCUGGUCGAAAAAGUUUCGAAGAAGUGUAUGAUGUGCCGUGUCAUAAAAGCAAUGCCUGACCCUCCUGUAAUGGCUCCACUUCCCGAGGCCAGACUCCAGCCGUACGUACGACCAUUCACGUACGUUGGACUUGACUACUUCGGACCGGUGUUAGUCAAAGUCGGCCGUAGUCUUGUGAAAAGGUGGAUCGCACUUUUUACAUGUCUCACCGUGCGGGCGGUACACUUGGAGGUUGUUCACAGUUUGUCUACGGAAUCAUGUGUUAUGGCUGUGCGCCGUUUCAUUUCGCGACGUGGUUCACCAGCUGAGUUCCACUCGGACAAUGGAACCUGUUUUCAAGGCGCUAGCAAAGAGCUGGAUCGGGAGCAUGUACGAGCUAGAAACGACGCUUUAGCUGCAGUGUUCACGAGUACGACCACUCGAUGGCGUUUCAUUCCCCCCUCAUCGCCGCAUAUGGGAGGAGCGUGGGAAAGGUUGGUGCGAUCGGUGAAGGUGGCCAUAGGAGCUAUCAUCGAUGCCCCUCGCAGACCCGACGACGAGACGUUGGAAACAAUUUUGUUCGAAGCCGAAGCGAUGAUCAAUUCGCGACCGCUCACCUACAUCCCUCUCGAAUCCGCGGACCAAGAAGCGCUAACCCCUAACCAUUUCUUGUUAGGAUCUUCUAAUGGUUAUAAGGUACAUUCGGACGAAGUAGUCGAAGGGUCAGCGAUUCUACGGAGCAGUUGGAAGUUAGCACAGGCUAUCACCAAUGGAUUUUGGUCAAGGUGGGUUAAGGAGUAUCUUCCCGUAAUCACACGAAGGGGAAAGUGGUUCAAGGAAGCACGGGACUUAGUCGUCGGAGAUUUGGUGAUGAUAGUAGGAGGAACGGCGAGGGACCAGUGGAUCCGAGGACGUGUGAAGGAAGUGUUUCCAGGACGGGAUGGGCGAGUGAGACAAGCAUUGGUUCGAACAGCAUCAGGAAUUCUACGGAGACCAGCAACGAAGUUGGCGAUGCUCGACGUUAUGGAGGUCGGUAAACCUGGGCAUGGAGUUCCAGAAGACCAGGAGAUUCACCAGGGUUUACGGGAGGGGGGAUGUCACGACGAGCCCCCCCGUUGCAGCUCAACUGUGGCCUAG